CCCCUGAAAGGCUGCGAGCGACGGCUGGUUCCGGGUCCUGUGACCGAUCAGGCGGUGGCGCGGGCGCGGGCACGGCCUCGGGGAAGUUUCGACGGCCAGCGGGGGUCCGGCGCGGGGCUGAGCCCGCCGGAGAGCAGCCGGCCGGCAGGAGUGGGGCUGGAGGCGCUCAUGGCGGGCGGCGGGGCCGGGGACCUGGGACUGGGGGUGGCCGCCACCGGGGCGCCGGAGACCCGCGAGCACCUCUUCAAGGUGCUGGUCAUCGGCGAACUCGGAGUGGGCAAGACCAGCAUCAUCAAGCGCUACGUUCACCAGCUCUUCUCCCAGCACUACCGGGCCACCAUCGGGGUGGACUUCGCACUCAAAGUCCUUAACUGGGACAGCAGGACGCUGGUGCGCCUGCAACUGUGGGACAUCGCGGGGCAGGAGCGAUUUGGCAACAUGACCCGAGUCUACUAUAAAGAAGCUGUUGGUGCUUUUGUAGUCUUUGAUAUAUCAAGAGGUUCCACGUUUGAGGCCGUCUUGAAAUGGAAAAAUGAUCUGGAUAGUAAAGUCCAUCUUCCAAGUGGCGACCCUAUUCCUGCUGUUCUCUUAGCUAAUAAAUGUGACCAGAAGAAGGACAGUGGGCAGAACUCUUCCCAGAUGGACCAGUUCUGCAAAGAACACGGCUUCAGCGGAUGGUUUGAAACCUCCGCCAAGGAUAACAUAAACAUAGACGAAGCAGCCCGGUUUCUGGUGGAGAACAUUCUCAUGAACCAGCAAAGCUUUCCUAACGAAGAAAACGAUGCGGACAAAAUUAAACUGGACCAGGAGGCCUCGCCCGUGGACAGCAAAUCCCAGUGCUGCUGACGCGGCUCCGGCUCCUCUCCUGGCUCCCGCUGGCGAGAGGCAGCCCAGCCCGACUUGAUUUCUCCACUUGGAGCAAAUUCCUGAGAACGGAGUAAGGUGGUGGCUGUGCUGCUCUGGGAAUCUUCCCAGGGCUGUGCGUCCACAGGACAGUGAGGGCACCCGGGGGCCUAAGCAGAAACGGGGUGUCGGGGUUAAGGUCCGAGAGUGGCUCUGCACCUUGGAGCCAACACUUAGGCUUCUGUUGUUGUUGUUGUUGCUGCCAUCGAACUCAGGAUAAUGUUUACAUCCUUCUGAACGCCUUCUCAAAGGACAGUGCUCAGGAUUUGGUAAGGGUUCCAGAUUGUGGAUCUUAUUGUAAGCACUGGGGUGGUAAUAAAACUUUCCCUGCCGUUUACAGU